AAAGAGCGACACUUUAGAAGCCACAGAAAAAUUUUUGGCCGAUGUUGCGCCUUAUGGUAAAGUUAAAAGGAUACGAAGCGAUAAUGGUGGUGAGUUUACGAGUCAAGAAUUUAAAUCUCUCUUACGAAAGCAGUCAAUAAGACACGAGACGAGUGCCCCGUAUUCCCCUCACCAAAAUGGAACUGCAGAAAGAGCGUGGCGAAGCCUUUUUAGCAUGGCUAGGUGCCUGCUAUUGGAGGCAAAACUACCAAAACGGUUGUGGACCUACGCUGUGAUGGCUUCGGCCUACAUAAGAAAUAGAUGCUUCAACCAACGCUUAGAGAAGACACCAUUUGAGGCGUUGACAGAUCCAUGUGUGUAUGUGCGUACAAUAGAUGAUGAACGAUGUGUGAUCGUAAUCGUUUGGGUAGACGAUAUCAUAAUCGCCUCGAGUGAUUCAAAUUCACUACAGAGCGUGAAAAAGUCUCUUAAAGAAAGGUUUAAAAUGACCGACCUAGGGAUUCUAAAAUGGUUUUUAGGCACUGAAUUUCAAUGCAGUGAAAACACAAUUAAAAUGAAUCAAACCCGGUACAUUGAAAAGAUUCUUGAGAAAUUCAAAAUGACCGAUUGUAAGCCAAAGCCGACGCCGUGUGAGUUAGGAGUAGACAAAGUUUUGGAAGUGGAAUCUCCUGAAAUGGAGGACCCCGGGCUUUAUAGAGCUAUAGUAGGUAGUCUCAUAUAUGUAAUGACUGGCACUAGGCCAGAUCUGUGUUACAUCGUGACAAAAUUGGCACAGAAAAUGUCAAAACCAACCCAGGCAGAUUUAACUAAGGCAAAGCACGUUUUGAGAUAUCUAAAAGGUACUUCAAAAUUUGGUCUAACGUUCACAAAGUCCAUUAACCCCCUCAUUCUUCAAGGUUUUUGCGAUUCAGAUUGGGGAGCAUCUAUCGCAGAUAGACGGAGUAUAACAGGAUACAACUAUCAACUAGCGCAAAAGGGACCGUUGAUAUCAUGGAAGAGUCGCAAACAGCCGACAGUGGCACUAUCCACCUGUGAAGCGGAAUAUAUUGCAUUGACAAACGCGAUGCAAGAAGCAAAAUUUCUGAAACAACUCUGCAUCGACAUGAAGGUAAGUAUACAUGAAGGUAAGGCUUUCAUAAAGAUAGAUAACCAGGGAGCGAUGAAUCUGGCGAAGAAUCCUAUUCAUCAUCAGAGAACAAAACAUAUAGACAUCAGGUACCAUUUCAUUAGGGAAGAAGUGAAGGAAGGACGAGUUAGUUUAGAGUACGUUUCAACAGAGGAAAAUAUUGCAGACAUAUUUACAAAGCCAGCCAGUAAAAUAAAAUUAGAAAAAUUUAAAGAGACCAUAUUAGGUAAGUAUACAUAGGUUCAUAACUGCGCAUAUAAUUUUAAAGCGAUGGCCCGCCCUGCUGCACGCCAUCAAAUAAAUAAUUUACUAUAGAACAUAAAGAGCAAGUGGGGGUGUUAAAGUAUGCUCUAUUAUAUUCCAAAUAUUCCAAUAUAUAUGUAUCAAUCAACUGUAAAUAGAUUUAAUUUAGAUUUAUGAGUGAUCAAAUGAUUCCAUAGAUUCCAUAGAUGCAAGUGUAGUAAAUGUUUCUUUAAUGAAAGCCAAAUAUGGUAACCAAAUGUAAAAUGAAAUGUUAUCCGCCCUAAAGAGAUUAUCAUGUAACCACUUAUAUAUAGAUGUAAUUUUCCUUGUAUACAUCAGAGUGAAUAAAACUGUGUAACCCUAAAGUUGUGCUGUGAAUAUAAAGGAGUGGCAAAUGGCUACCCAAAACUC